AUGGAGGGAGGGAGGAGUCUGGAUCUGAGAGGAAGGAGAGUGAUGACGACGGAGGAGGAGGAGGAGGAGGAGGAGGAGGAGGAGAGGUGAAAGGAAGGGAAAAUGAAGAAGUUGGAAUCAUUAUUCUAACGAGAGGAUAAAAGUGUAAAAAGAGACGGAGGUUCAGAAAAACAGGAAACAGUUCAAAAGGAAGAAAAAGUCAGAAAUAAAAUUUAAAAAGUAAAUAAAGAGUUUAGGUCCAAAGAUUAAAGUCCGACAGUGACAGAGUUCAUUAAACUACGAGUCUGUGACUGAACACAUUUAUCUUCAUCAUCAUCAUCAUCAGAAACAGACCAUAACACAGUCCAGACUGAUUCAUGACCCCCUAAAACCAAAGACCCAGAUCAGAGGAGUCCAGACCCACCAAAACUCAGAUCAGGAUUUCAUUUGUCCGUGACUUUCAAACUAAAUCAGGACAAAGUGGUUCGCUGUCAGACCGGCAUUAAAAACACACCGACUGAGACCGCAGUCCUCAUCAGAUCUGCGGCUCCACGUCGUCCUCCAGACUCACGCCCCAAUAUCUCAUGUCUGUCUUCAACUGUCCUGUGUAGCACAGAGUCGACUGAAAGAGUUUACUCUCUACAUUGGAAGUUUUAAGAAAGAACUUAAAACCUUUUUAGACCGGCUGUGAGCUGAUGUUGACGUCUGCCCCUUUAUUGUGUUUCUCUGUUUUCUAUUGCAUUCUAUCCUUGUUGUAAAGCACUUUGUGAUUUUAUCUACGAAAAGUUAAAUAAAAAUUAAAUUUACUUACUUAUUUCCUUAAAGAAAAAACUGAAAAAUCAGUUUAAAAAGCCAAAGAGGGAAAAAGCAAAUCGGCGCUCGAGCUGAGGUCCAACGACAGAGUUUUAGAAAAAGAAAGUCAAAGAUUUAGACUUUUAUUUUGAAGUUUUAACUGUUUUUAUUUUAGAGUUAAAAUCAUUCAUUAAACUUAUUAAUCAGUCGAUGAUCAGCUGUCUCUGCAGAGAGGUGGACUCUGUCAGACUGACAUGUUUUUGGGUUUUUCCACAUUUAUUGAUCGUAGUGACCAACUGUCUGCAGAGACCAUCUUUGUGGGUUCCAGACCUUUUUUAAAACCAUCAGUUAUAUCUAUUAUGUUCCUGUAGAAAUGCAUACUCAGGAAAGUCUUUGUUUCAUUUUGUCACAAAUCGAUAAUUGCUAAUGUCUCCGAUUAUUGAUCACUCUGGAUUUGGCUCCUUGGAUCAGAACUCGAACCUCGUUCUUCAGGUGACGGUUGAGCUGAGGGACACCUGAGAGUGAAGUUUAUCAAAGUUAUAAAUGAGGAUUAAAAAUCGUCGUCGUCUUAUCCCUUUAAGAGGUCAAACGUCACGUCUUUUAAAAAAACUCGAUGUUUUUAUUUUUGUCCGACGUUCUCGCUCAAACACACGAUCACAAGUAUUUUAAUAGACGGGCCUCCUCCUCUUCAAACACUCUGUACCUUUCUCCCUCUCUCUGUUCAUUGUUCCCGGUUCAGGUGCUGUGCAGCGGGUUAAUGGUUAACUCGGGCGCAGAGCGAGGGGAGGAGGCGGCGGCCAUGAAGGAACGGUGACAUUUCACCGCCAUUAUUCAUCCCUGCUUUGUUCCCGCAGCAGCGAGGAGUGUUUGCUCUGGGAUGGAGUGCAGGGCGGAGGGAUGCUGAGAUGGAGGGAUGAAUGGGGCAGGGUGUGGAGGAGGAGGAGGGUGAUGGGGGGUCUGAGAGGUGAAGAAGUCACAGGGUUAAAGUGUGAGGAGGGGAUAAGAGAGACAAAGACCUCUGUGUUCCUCCUUCACUAUCUCUCCUUUAAUCCUCAUCUUCAUCUUCUCUUGUCUUCUUCUUCUUCUUCUUCUCUGUCUUUUGUUUUUGAAGUUUUCUUCAUGUUCGCUCUCUAACACACACACACACACACACACACACUCACACUCACACACACAGACUCACAGCUCUCUCCAGCUGUUUACAUGGUGUGUUUGCACAAUAUGGUGUCUCAGAGGAGGAGGAGGAGGAGGAGCAGGGAUGUUGAGCUCAGUCACGGAUGUUCUCUCUCUAAACUUGCAGAUCACCUCAUCAGCUGUUCUCGUUACUGUUUCAUGAUCGUCAACCUGAGGAGGAUCUUUUCUUAUUAUUUUCUUUCACUAAUUCUUCUACAAACUCGAUAAAGACGGUUCAGAGGAAUAACUUUGUGUUUGUUCUUUUAUUUCUGUAGAAAAACCUCUUUUUCUCCCUCCAGCGCUCUUUUACACGGCGCUCAAAAACAGCAGAGGUCUUCAUCCUGAUACACAACCAAACAUCACUUCCUGUUUCAAUCACAAACUCAUCCAAGUUAACGGACAAACUUAUAAAAGUACAAAUUUAAAGGACAGAUGAACAAAUCUAACCCUCUAAAAAAUGACUAAAACAGAAAACAAAGUUUCUUUAAGCCCGAAGUUACGAAGCGACCACGCCGAUGAUGAUGAUGGCGGUUAACCCCAGCAGCACGUGUCGGGUAAAUAAAGCAGGAGUGUGGGCGGGGCUGUCAGGGGAUUAGCAUUAGCAACACAGAGUUUGGUGGAGGCUCGUCUCUGAGACGGGUCAGUAUCACUGACUCAUGUCAGCUGUGUGUACUCUGGCCUGCUCUGUUUGCAGCAUCCAUGUGAGCCUUUAACUCCGGCACGUCCAGAGGUGGAGAUAUUAACGCUCCAUUCACCACGACUCCAACCAAAGAUCGUGUUUCCUGAGACGAUGCAGAGGAAACAAUUUCCUCGGACAACGUUAAGACAGAUGUUUAUUUCUGUGGUCGGGGUUAAAAUGUGGAACUCGCUACAGAAAACAGUUUAAAACAAAUAAAGUAUAAAAUAUGAAGCUGAUGAGUCGUGUUUUUUGAUAUCCAUACAGUCUGACGAGGAUGUAAAGUUACAGGAAAAUAACCUAAAGUGAACAGACCGUCUUAUCUUAUUGUUAAUUUCUGUUUUUAGUGAGCGGAUGGUGAAAUAAGCUUCGUCUUCUACCUGCUCCCUUCUGGUCAUGUUCUGAGCUUCAUUUGAUAAAUACCUUUUAAAAAAUGGUCAUGAGCCGAACGAAUAAAAACUAAAACGAAACAAAAACGACAACGUCAUUGUGCGAAACAGCAGCUAUGACCAAAAUAGGACUGAAGUCUAACACCCGUCAGCUGGGCUGAAAAGUCCCAAACCGUGUCCACGGGUUCAUCUGGACUGAUCUGGGUCCAGCUGUCUGGUUGAACCCCUAAAUCUGAGUUAAGUGGAAUUAUCUUCUGAUUGAACCCUGAGCCGCCGUUCAGACAGUCAGUCGGACUAUCGUACCUGUAAAUCCAUUUUCUCUGUUGGAGGCUCGAUCAAACAGGAACCGGACAACAUGUCUGCACCUCGAGCUUUGAGAGGGUGGGUGAACAGCAUGGGUGUGUUGCUAGGAAACAGGAAAUAGGAAAACAAAACACCAAUAAGGAAAUAAAACGUUGACUGACGGAGAAAAACACAAACGUUCCGAACAAACGGGACAGAGCUGAAAAAGUGACGGUACCCUAACCUGUUACCCGUUACCCCCCCUUAGUAAAAGAUUAAUCAGCUGUUUUCAGACGACCCAACAGAACCGGGGUGAACGGGGGAUUCAGAACCUCCAGCAGCAGAGACUGGACCGGCCCGGUUUAAGGUUUAAUGUAGAAACAUGGAGACAGAUUAAAAAACUGACACACACACACACACACACACACACACACACACACACACACACACACACACACACACACACACACACACACACACACACACACAGUUGUACACACCAGGCUUAUCUGCUUGCGAGUUAUUGUAUGUAUUGUGUCGUCCAUUUGUAUGUGUGUGUUUCUGCAUACAGUGGGGUAUAUUCCUAGUUAGAUCAUUCACACACACAUGCACACUCACACACACACACACACACACACACACACACACACACACACACACACACACACACACACACACAGAACAAUGGCUGGCUUUGACAGAGGCGGGCUGUCAGAGGAGAUGGGCUCCAUCUAUUGUCUGCUCUGUUUACUCACAGACUCACCUGGCACUGAGCUAAUAAGGCCGACUCUAUCUGUCAGUGCAGGGAACCGGGGUCUCAGCCCACACACACACACACACACACACACACACUUACACAAUAACACACACACAUAUAUAACUAUAAACACCGCCGGAUACACACUUACAAAACAGUUACAUGUAAUUCUGCACAAAGUUAAUACAGAUAUGAACAAAUGAAGGUUUGAAGAAGAUGGUGAGAGGAUUACUCUGACUGUAAACUGUGUGUGUGUGUGUGUGUGUGCGUGUGUGUGUGUCCAGUCACACCUGGGUGUCCCGGGUGGGUCUAAGUUAAGGGGAGGGUUUAUGGAGGUGAGGGGGGGGUGCUCUUUCAGGUUUUUACCACUGUGCAAACACACACACACACACACACACACACACACACACACACACACACACAGUUAGUGGUUUGAUGGGAUCAGUUGGAAGCCUUAGAGUGACCCUGCCCCAACCCCACCCUUGUUUGAUCGACAAGGCUGAGAGACGAGAGAGUGUGUGAGUGUGUGUGUGUGUGUGUGAGUGUGAGUGUGUCUGUGUGUGUGAGUGUGUGUGUGUCUGUGUGUGUGAGAGAGCAUACUUCAUGUCCUCAUUUAUUAUGGACGUUCCUAAAUCAGCUGUUUCCCUGUUUUGUGGCCCUCAGGUCGUUGUUUUUCUGCAGACUCUGAUCUCAGACGUUCGUUUCUGUUUCUCCUCAGAAAAGUUAAAAUUUUUCCGUACAGCAGGUUUUUAGGAGCACCGAUCCUAACGCUCUUAUUUUCUCCUAAAUUGAGACUUUUUUUUCACCCUGUUGGUUUAAAUGGAUCACUGAUAGCGGGCUGUACUCGUGUGUUUGACGGUGGACGGGUUCAGACCGGUGUCAGUCUCUCUCUGGUUCACUUUUCUGUCUCAAGGCCUUAAAGCCGCAGAAACAGGACCGACCUCGGCUGAUAAAGCUUUUUUUUGUUGUUGUGUUCGGCUCAGACUUGGCCGCCUGCCAGCUGAUAACAACACGGGGCAUACCUGCCGCAUUAAUGAUUGUUCGAGCCUGCCUCCUGCGCCUCCUGGCUCUUUAUUGUAACAUCAGGUUUUAUCGUUUAGAAACGGAGCAGAAACUUCAGCUUAUCAGGGAAAGGCAUGAAGUCUGCGUACGGCAGUAUCAGCUCAGACGCCGUACGAACGAGGAUCAUGUGGAGCGUUUAAAGAUGGAGGAGGACCUGACCGAGUGAGUCAGGCGAGUCCUCAUUAACCUGGAACAGUUCAGUGGACAGACAGUAAUGGAGGGAGGGUCUUUAUCCACAGAGGCAUCUGUCACAGCGGGCUGCACACCACUGCUCCCCUAACUACCUGUAAGUGCUGCUGCUGCUGCCGCCACCGCCGUCAUGUGACAGGAUGCAUCAUCCCGAGGAGACUUCAGAGAGCUCUGACCAAAGUGACUGAAAGUGUUGAUAAAUAGUACAGCAGACAUGGUUUCAGAUAUACUCAUUUAAAGUUUGGGCCGUCUGAAUGUCAAAUAGUGCUGCUUUCGUCAAUGAAAAUUAUGACGAAAUAUCGUCGUCAAUGAACCUUUACCACGUGACGAAAACGAGACGAGACGAAGCGUAAAUGUUGGUCUUGUGACGAUAACUAUAACUAAAUAUAUAAUGGAAUAUUGUUGACGAAUAAAAACGAGACUAAAUGUGGUUCACAAAAUAAAAACUGAUAAAAUGUCUCUUCAUUUUCAUUGACUAAAACAAGACCAGAUUAAAUUGUUCAGUCGUGUUGUUAUUGUUCCCGUUUCCUCGGCGACGUCACUUCCUCAGUCCCCUAACUCGCCGUAUUUUUAGAUGCGUUGGGCACAGACGUUUUCGGGUGAUUUUGGAGUCAUGGCUGUGUUGUCGUGGAGAAACAGAAGAAAUGAUACAUGUAUACACUUCAAUUACAGACAAGUGGAAAACAAAACAGGAUGUGUCGUGGAAAAAGAAAAAGGGAGAAAUGCGACUGUAAAAUGUAUGUGUGUAUGUAGCUUGUGUCUUUUGUGUGUAGUGUGUGAGCGUGUGUCUAGCCUAGUGUGUGUGUGUAGUGUGUUGCUUCAUAUAAAGCUGAGGACAGACUGUGCCGGCAGAACCUACAUGGACCAGGAUGCAUAAAAGCAGCAUCAGCCUCACCCUGUCCUACUGACUCCAUUAAUUACAGCUGAAAGAACAAGUCAGCCAAAACCCUGCAAACAUCGUUCAGGAGUCACCACGAACACGAAUCAAGCAGGUUGAAAUCAGGUUAAAAAAGACUUUGUUGGAGAGUGAGCCAAAAGUAGCGGACUACCCCUUUAUUUUGAUCCUGUCAUCCACUGCAGCUCUAAAAACAAGUUUACUCAGAGAUACUGAGACCUACAUACAGAGACAACAGUCAGACAGAUGGAUCGGUCCAGUGCUGCUGCAGGGUCAGUGUGGAGAAAAGCGGAACUACAGCUCCUCAUGUGAAGCUCUAUGA